AGGAGUGAGACGGCGGGGUCACGCUUAAUGGUGACGUUUGUUAGUUGGUGCGGUCCUGGGCCCGGUGUUUGUGGUAAGGGCCUCGGUGUCUCGUUACUUCUUUGAUCCUCUCUGUGUUUGGUGUUUGGGUGGAAUGGUCGUUAUUGGCGUUUGUGUUUCAGGCUGGGUUUCUGUGAGGACUACGAGCAGUUAAAAGUCUGUUCUGUGGCUGAGCUUGCUAUCUGGAUGCUGGCAGUUGCUGCCUCUGGUUCGAUGGAGUAAAAGCAGCGAGUUGUAUCCGAGGAGCCUUGGUCACAGCUUUCCUUCUCGGAAUUGUCGGACCGCUGGUCUCUUCAUUCCCCCCCAGCGGAUCCUGUUUCUUUUGAACAACUAAACCUGAAAAGCUGCCAAAAUGGUGUUAGCGGAUUUGGGGAGAAAAAUUACCUCUGCUCUGCGAUCCUUGAGCAAUGCCACCAUCAUCAAUGAGGAGGUUUUGAACGCUAUGUUGAAGGAAGUAUGUACUGCUUUACUCGAAGCAGAUGUCAACAUAAAACUUGUGAAACAGCUUCGGGAAAAUGUCAAAGCAGCUAUAGACUUGGAAGAAAUGGCUUCUGGCCUCAACAAAAGACGAAUGAUCCAGCAUGCUGUAUUCAAAGAACUUGUCAAGCUUGUAGAUCCAGGAGUUAAAGCAUGGACGCCCACAAAAGGAAAACAAAAUGUCAUCAUGUUUGUUGGCCUUCAAGGUAGUGGUAAAACUACAACAUGUACAAAGCUAGCGUACUAUUUCCAACGGAAAGGCUGGAAGACUUGCUUAAUAUGUGCGGACACAUUUAGAGCAGGUGCAUUUGACCAGCUGAAACAGAAUGCAACUAAAGCAAGAAUUCCAUUUUAUGGAAGUUAUACAGAAAUGGAUCCAGUGGUCAUAGCUGCAGAAGGUGUGGAGAAGUUUAAAAAAGAAAACUUUGAGAUUAUAAUUGUUGAUACCAGCGGUCGACACAAACAAGAAGACUCUUUAUUUGAAGAAAUGUUACAAGUUUCAAAUGCCAUACAACCAGACAACAUUGUUUAUGUAAUGGAUGCCUCAAUUGGUCAAGCCUGUGAAGCACAAGCAAAAGCUUUCAAAGAUAAAGUGGAUGUUGCAUCAGUAAUUGUAACUAAACUUGAUGGUCAUGCCAAAGGAGGAGGUGCGCUCAGUGCAGUGGCUGCCACCAAAAGCCCAAUAAUCUUUAUUGGUACUGGAGAGCACAUAGAUGAUUUUGAACCGUUCAAAACACAGCCCUUCAUUAGCAAACUACUUGGUAUGGGUGAUAUUGAAGGAUUAAUAGACAAGGUAAAUGAGCUGAAAUUGGAUGACAAUGAAGAAUUAAUAGACAAGCUUAAACAUGGUCAGUUCACACUCAGAGAUAUGUAUGAACAGUUUCAAAACAUUAUGAAGAUGGGGCCUUUCAGUCAAAUAAUGGGAAUGAUUCCUGGCUUUGGAACUGAUUUCAUGAGCAAAGGUAAUGAACAAGAGUCUAUGGCAAGGCUAAAGAAACUGAUGACCAUAAUGGACAGUAUGAAUGACCAAGAACUGGAUAACAAAGAUGGCGCUAAGCUGUUCAGUAAACAGCCAGGAAGGAUUCAAAGAGUGGCUCGAGGAGCUGGUGUUACAACCAGAGACGUUCAGGAACUUCUGACACAAUAUACAAAGUUUGCUCAAAUGGUGAAAAAAAUGGGAGGAAUCAAAGGUCUUUUCAAAGGUGGUGACAUGUCCAAAAACGUAAACCCAUCUCAGAUGGCCAAACUCAACCAGCAGAUGGCUAAAAUGAUGGAUCCACGAGUUCUUCAUCAUAUGGGUGGUAUGGCUGGACUACAGACAAUGAUGAGACAGUUCCAGCAAGGUGCCACUGGCAAUAUGAAAGGCAUGAUGGGAUUUAACAAUCUUUGAAGCAGACGCCUUAAAUAAACUGUUGGCAAGUCUCGAAGUUGAGAACGUAACAUUUUCCCUAUUGUUGUGGGGUGGGUAUUUGGGUGGGCAGGGAGAAAGUGGUACAGAAUUUUUAACCUUUCAAGAUUAUUGUAUAACAUUGGUACCUGAUUUAUUUCCUUGUAUUCUAUUUGGAUUUAUUGAAUAGAAAAAAAAUGGAGAUUUAUGUACUGGCUAAAGUUUCAUUGAGUGGAGUGCUCAUUUAUUAUUGGGCAAAAUAAAAUAUAUUCCUUUAGCCAAUAUUUUCCAAGUAUGUUUCUCUUUAUGCUGUAAAAUACAAAUAUAAUACGUUUAAUUAAAUUAAUCAUGUAAAAGUAGGAUUACAUUAAUUUACUUAAGAAAUUGUUUGCACAAGUAUGCAAACAAUGUAUAAUUUGUAAAUGCAGUGCUUUGUCGAAAACCAUGAAGAUUUUCAUAAAUGAAUUUGCUUCUUACAAAA